GAGAGCAGGGGUGGUAGAGGUGGAGACGGUUCGGGCGAACUUUGCCGAGGGCGCGCCGAUCUGUCGCUCACUUAUAUUCGAAGGCAGCGAGAGAUCAGUCGUUCAGUCAGAGGACUGGAGGUAUGGAUGUCAGAGGAUGUGGCUUUUGCGGUCGUGCAGUACAAGCGCAAAGCCGAAGCAUACUUUAAGCAUGACCUAAACUGGAGGAGGCGGAGUGCGUUCGCUGCGCUCCGUUAACUGCUGGGCUGCCGGGGAAAGGGAGAGAGACGCGUACUGGAAAGUGAAGACCUGACAUUCGUGUUUUUUUCCUUUUGAAGUAAAUACUAAGAAAAGAUCGUUUCUUCCCGGAUGUGUGAGACAGCGAGCGCCUGUGCGGUGAGCGGGGCGCAUUUUCACUGACAUGGGUGCGUAACUGGCGACUGUAGUCUACCUGGCCACCCGCUCCUGAACCUUAGCGUGAACCCACAGCAUCCCAAACAGGCAAAAUGGGCUGCGGACUGCAGAGGCUGAGGAAGUCGGAGGAGAACAGCCCAGGGAAAAUCUACUCCACCUUGAAGAGACCACAGGUGCAGAUCAAGGUGGGGGUGGUCUACACCUACCGCUUCGUGGACUUCCUCCUGGGUGCAGAAGGGCUCCCCAGCCCCUCGGUGCUCUGCCUGUCCUCAGUCAGGGACCUGCCUGGCCAGAUGAGGGAGCUCUACCUGCAGGGUUUCGUCCUGGCGGCCGUGCACCCGUUCGUUCACCCCUGCGGCCCGGAGGGGACACAGAGGCAGCUCCACCGCGCGGUGCUCAUCCGGCUCUCUGACAGUCCUGAGAAGAACCAGAGCCAGUGUGAGGCCCAGUAUCUGGAGGCAGACCUGGUGCUGUCCGCCGAGCGAUUCCCAGAUGCAGAGCUGAUACACGGAUACAUAAAGAAGGUGCAGGACGUGGCAGAGCUGGGCAGCUUUUUCGCGGGCUUCCUCCACCAGCCAGGGGAGGCGCUGUGUUCCUCAGGACAAGGCGAGAUGGAGGACUUCUCCCUGUCCCUCCACUCCAGCCCAACGUCUGUGCAGAGGGACUGGUCUGACCAGAGCCAGAUCGAGAGCCCCAAGCGUCAAUCUGGAUCGGAGGAGCAGGACCGAAAGAUGGAGAACGGAACCAGGGAGGAAGGUGGAGACCGUCCGCCGGACAGACAGGAGACUGAGGCCCCCGAGGGCCCCAAGGGCCCAAACACCCAACCUGAGGCCCAACUGGAUGAAAGUGGGCAGAGCCCCUCCCAAAACAGCACCGGCUCUCCAUCCACCUGUGAGAACAACCCGGACAAAUCAUCGGGCGGAGGGGAACGUCAGGCGAGCCCUGCGAAGCAGCACAGCAAGUUGGAGCUCUUCGCCUUGUUCAGCCACAUGGAGGCGCCAGCGAGCCUUCAGAGGUACUACACCGUGAAGGUGCCCCUGCGCGUGCAGCUGUGCAACGGGGCCAUCAGCAGUGUGGACGCCAACUGGUUGGAUCACAUGACCCAGCACUUUUCCAGCGGUGCCUUGUUGGUCGACGCAUACUUCCACCUGGGGAACGACAGCGAUUUCCCCGGCAAGCUGGUGGAGAGCGUGUUUGUAUUCCAGGAAGGGGAUUCCAGCAAACCCAUGGCGUAUGACGCCAUUGUGGUGGAGCAGUGGACCAUCAUCAACAACACAGAGGUGAAGACUGACUAUGUGCCCUUACUGCAGUCUCUGGCCCUCUAUGGAUGGAGGCUCACGUGUGUCCUGCCCACACCUAUCAUCAAACCCAACAGGGAUGGCAGCCUGGCCACCAAGCAGAUCCUCUUCCUCCAAAGGCCCAUCCUGGUCCACAAGAAGAAGGACUCCAAGGUGACCGGUUCCUCUGUAUCUCUGGAUGCCCCUGCUCUAGGCCAGCAGAAGCUGAGUCUCAGAGCGCGGAGCAAGUCAGGUAAGAAGUCGGUGAAAGACGCACCGAAGAACAAAAGCGAGAGGGAGAGCGGCUCCCCAGCGACAGAGAAAGAGAUGGAGGAGCAGGAGAUGACUGAGAAGGUGGAGAGCACGGAAAGGGGAGAAGAGGGAGAAAGAGUUAAGAGGAAAAACGACGAAAACAGGCAGAACGAGAGAACGGCCACAGGUAAACACACCAAAGAGGAGGAGAGGAAGGGUGGGCCAGAAGCAGAAACUGGUGACGAAAGUGUGGCGGAGGUGGAGACCCAGGAAGAGAAAGAGGUAAAGCCAGACAUAGAGAUGAAAGAAGCAGCCCUUCAGGAACCAACUAAUCAAGAAGAAGAAGGUGGAGUCACAAGUGAGGGUCAUCAGAAGGAAGGGCCAGUCAAUGAUGAGGCUGGAGGCGGGGCUUGUGAGGACAAUGCCACAUCACGACCGAGCCAAGAGGCCAUAGAUCCAGGCUGCUCUGCAAGCCCAGAAAUCUCAGCAUAACUAAGAAUCUUCACCUAGAAGCUGACCACAAAGCUAUCCGAGGAGAACUUGACAAGACACGCAAGACCCAGCCGAGGGAAACUGUGUAGUUAAUACUGCUGAUAGUUUGUGCAAAAGUGCUUUUGUUUACGGAGAUUGUGGGGUUGUCAAGGCCCUCUAGGGCAGCUUCUCAGACCGAUGACCAAGGUCAGCCCCAGGGACCUAAAAAAGUCUAUAACGAUCUAUAUAGAUCUCACAGCCUUGUCUUUCAUCAUCGUGUGAAACAUGACAGGGUAUGAGGACCAUGGUGAUCCAUGAGGACUAUGGUGAUCAGGCAGGGAGGUUCUUAGAGGACCCUGUCUGGAUGUCCAUGCUGCAACCCCCCCCCCCCAAACUGUGCCAUCCUGGGGGUGGAUUCAUAUGCCAAAGGAUUGUGCAAAUGCGCUAAACCAUGAAAACAAUUCAGUCAAGUCAACUCCAGGGACUGCGCUGGCCAGCCCAUUCCGCAGCUUGGGCUGUUGCGCUCAGUACAACCACUUAUCUGAGGUCAUGUUUUCAAUUGAGUAUCCCUGCCAGACAGCUUCACAGACUCCAAAGACAUAUGUGUAACAGAUAUGUGGUGUAAAUGCGCUGAGGACGAUGCAGGGAUGCAGGAUUGCUGCGCUGCUGACAUUCCGCCGCAUUCCCUGGCGCUUAGAAGGACACGUAGCCUCAGCAGCUAGCAGUCCCCGGAGGACAUCUGUCGCUGUUCGCACUGUUUCUGUAUUUGCUGUUGUAGCGGUAGAAGCAGGUCACAUGGUUUCUGGUCACAUGGGCAUACAGUGAGUCGUGUAUGUGUGCAGCCUGCGGCAUUUAAGCAUUGUAACCAAGAAAAGUAUUGAGUACCUAAAAUGUCUUGUUUAUAAAAAAGUAAGAGUUUUGUGACAGGUCUUGUAAUGGGGUCUGUAUGUUAUAAGUAAUGUGAAAGAAAGAUUAAUAGUUACUCUGUUG